CCGUGCCAUCCCCCAUGCAUCGCGUCUUGACCAUACAUGAGCUCAUACAGCACAUUUUUGGCUGCUUAAAUGACCACUUCAGUAACGUAACGGGGUCUGGAAACGAGCGCACCCUCUCCGCCCUGGCGAGGACCUGCCAGACGUUCAAAGAGCCUGCACUCAACGUACUUUGGGAGAAAAUCGCCAGCCUCGAUCCACUCAUCAAGUGUUUGCCAAAAGAUGCGUGGAAGGUUGAAGAAGACCCUGAAGCUGGGUGGAUGCAACAGAGGUUCAUGCCGAUAUUCGCCCGCCCCUUGACUGAGGGCGAUUGGCUGAUCAUCAGGGAAUACGCACCCCGCGUGCGUCGCUUCUGCAUGACAGGACUUCAUCGGUCCUAUUCGGAUGUUAUGUUUGAGCUUAGCUUGGCAUCCCGCGACAUGCACCCACUAUUCCCCAACUUAAAGCAUCUAGAAUGGAUUUCAAUGCCUUCUGACUUCCGGCCAUAUUUGCGGAUGUUUCUUCCAGCUGCCCUUGAAUCCCUAACCUACAUCAUCAGCUCGCGGGACGAGGGAAGGGCCGAUAUCUCGAUGCUCGCAGCCAUCGGGACUUUCUGCCCGGGGCUCAAGGAAGUGACUGUUGACUUCUCCGAUGUUGCUGAAGGAGGAGUCGAAGCUUUCUCUCGGUCAGUUGGCUGCUGGAAGGACUUGACCAUACUUCGCUGUGGGUGGAUGACCGAUGCCGCGCUCAUUCAUAUCGCCUCCUCACCGACAUUACGCAAGCUAUCCAUCACGUUACCCUCGGUGACGUCCUUCCGCGACGUCAGGUCCCAGAUAGAGGGCGAAGCAUUCAAGAACCUGACCACUUUAAGGGCCAUCGCAGUCAACCUUGACGUCUUCACCGCAUUUGCCACCCACAUGGAGUUAUCUCUGGUAGACGUCACGCUUUGGAUCGUGGAGAAUGACUUCUCUGAGAGUGCGAAGGACUCUUUCAUGGCACUCGCUAGCGGCAGUCGUUCAUUGCUCAGCCUUCACGUCGCCAGCUAUGAUGAUAGUGCCAUCCUCACAUCGUCAGAUUACUUCCAUGCCGUCCACGGGCGCACCGCAACUAUCUCAACGUUUGAACCACUUUUCAAGUUCCAGCAGUUGCGCGUGCUAGACUUGUCUGUUCGAUGUUCACUAAAGCUCGACGAUCACGACGUAAUCGAGCUUGCGCAUUCAUUCCCCCUCCUUGAGGGCCUACUCCUCAACGCUGACUACGGGUGGGGGGUGCCCUCGUCUGUUACGUUCAUUGGCCUUUCUUCUGUGGUCAAUAUCUGCCCAAAGCUGAAUAAACUAGCGAUUGAAUUUGAUGCAACGGCUGCGUCACUAGACCUCAAUCAACCUACAUCAAACGCGACCUCACCGAACGCGACCAUAAGGACUCUCCUCAUCGGAAACUCGCAGAUCGACGAUCCAAUAGUCGCAGCAAGAGCGUUGUUUACCAUCUUCCCAAAUCUCAAUAGAAUAGAGGGGUGGAGCUCCCGACGUCUACGAAGCGAUGAUCAUAACUGGAUGAGGGACCGGAGGCGAUUCACGAGGCGUUGGGACAGCGCUCAGCUCAUCAUCCAUCGACUUCGCUCGAGAAACCCAACCAAUAUACAUGAAGACGAGAGUUUCGAUGACUUAGUGCCAUCGGAUAGCACAGACGUCAGCGAAGACGAUGACACCGACGACAUGGACGAUCCCGGAGAUGACUUCAGUGAGGAGGACCAGCUGGGAUUGGUAUUUGAUGACGAUGAUGGAUUUGAAGACGAAGCAAGUGAUCAAGAAUUCGAGGAUGAAAACGUAGAGGAGGACGCAUUCGGGGACGAGGACGCUUGAAGGCGAGGGGAACUAAACCGUGAUCGUGGGGGAAACUUUCAGCGGAACUUAGAGCUCACCUAGUUCUUCUCUGCGACUUCCUUUGCUACCCUUCCAGGUGACAUGUCUGUUUUCUGCCAUGCACCGAGGUAUCUACCGCUUUUGACACAAUCUUGUC